CCGUUGAAUGUCGUAUUUCUAGGCACUACAGGAUCGCACCAACUCUUGUCACGUGCUUUUACGAAAAUUAAAGUGGAUCGAAUAUUACCUUACCGAGGAAAUCGUGUGGUGCCGGGUGGCUUCGCGGACUGAUCUUCCACGGAUUUUCAUUUCCUUUGCUGUUGCAAAGCUCGCAUGGUCAUCAUGAAGAUUUUCGUCUUUCUGGGAUUGACGACGAUGGUCUGCGCGCAAUUCAACAGGUACCCAUACAAUCCUGACUAUUACGGUCGACGUUACGCUAUACUGCGACAGUCGCAAGAUUCUUCUCCGGAUGGAUCGUAUUCCUACAGCUACGACACAGAGAAUGGCAUAUCCGUAGCAGAGCAAGGUGUUCCAAAGUUUGUCGGUCCAAAUCAAAUUGAAUCCGUACGAGGACAAUUCAGUUACACCGCGCCGGAUGGCACACCAAUUUUGGUCACUUACACCGCUGACGAAAAUGGUUUUCAACCAACCGGUGCUCAUUUACCAACGCCGCCGCCGAUACCAGUAGCGAUACAACGUGCUUUGGCGCACAACGCAGCUCAUCCUGAAGAAGAGGAUCCCUAUAGAAGAUACUGAUCAAGAUGAAACGUAUUUCAGCUGCCGGAAGCUCGCGCGAGAUAAAUUGGAACGGUACAACAUAGACAACGUAUAUAUUAAUUUUCAAAAUCGUAAGCAAUUUUCUUUGAUAGAUUUCUUCUUGGACAGAUGUAUUAUAUCAAUUUGCAUAAAUUCGGCUCUCAGAAUAUUUUCGAUAAUGUUCUACUGUAUGAUUUAUUCAAUAUUAUUUUGCUGUAUUUUUAUAUCAAAAAAAUGAUUAGAAUUUCUCUGUUCCUAAAUAGUUCUUGAUUAUUUAUAGAGUUUCUUAAUACUAAAAUUAUUGACAAAGUGUAAAACUUGUAGUAAAAAAAUUGACAGGGAAAAGUUUAUAGUACAAAAAA